GUCAUUCUUGAAAGUCGAUGUCACUUUUUUAAUGAUUUUUUUAUUAUAUAAGUAUCUAUUAUGUUAGAAGACAAGAUUUGUAAUUAAUAUUUCAUUUAACUGAAGUUUUGAUAAUAAUUUGCAAAGAUGUCUAAGAUUGACCAGGACAAAGGAAUAGUGUAUUGCAAUCGUGUCCUUAUUGGCAAUUGGUAUGAAGCGUCCAAACUAGAAGAGUACAAAUUAAAUAAAUUCCUAGAGCAAAUGAAGAAAGGCGACCUAAUGCUGGCUAGAUAUCGCAAAAUGGGAGAGAAUCUUAAUAAACCUACUGUGCUCACUCAAGCGUCCAGCAGCAUUGGUUUUGGAGCUAAAAUUUCUUUAUUCGCUCCACAUGUUCCAGCAUCGGAUCCGCCAGUAGAUGGUAACAACGGAUUGCUGUUAGGCGGAAGGAUUUCAUCAAAUGAGAUAAACUACUCUCAAGCUCUGGAAGAUGGGUGCGCUCUGGUUGGUUAUCCCGACCUGGAGCCAGCUGAGCGUAGUGCUUUCGUCAUCACCAGCGCUGACUACUGCAACCGUGACAACGAAAGAUUGAAAUACAACCAAGAGUUCUUGCUUACGCUGUCGUCGUCCCUCGAUAAAACUCCUCUCUACAUAAGGUAUGACCCGAACCCGAUCCCGGGCCUCUGCGGUAUGUUCCCCCUGUAUCUAAGCAAGCAUGCUGUGUCGAAUACUCGAUGGCGUGUGCUGCCGGUACAAUCUCCUAACAUUACACGUUUCGAGCAAGAGGGCCAGCCCGUUCAAGUUAACACAGAUGUCGUUAUAAAUCAUUGUGCGACAAAUGUUAAUUUGGGAUUUAACGUCGGAUGCUGGGCCAUGGGAUUUUAUGGAAAAAUUUGUGCCCCGUUAAUGAGGACCUGUUUAGAUGUGUACGGGAAGGAAACCUCAAACAAUAUUUGGCAAAUAUAUACUCCAAUAUCGAGUUAAUUACGAAAUUUACUUGGUUCAGGUGCGAGUUUUAGUCAAUAGACGAGUAAUUUUGUGGUCAAUGGGCUUUCAUUUGAACGCAAUAUUAAUUUCUGCCUGUGAAACAUAAUCAAUGAACGGGUGAUGACGAUAAAUCGAUAGUGUCUCUUUUAUCAUAUGGAGCUAAAGUUAUACAUAUUCCGUCUACCAUCCGAACAUGAAUAAGUCAUAUCCUUCGUUAUAAGAAUUGCUCUAAAACAUCCAUGAAUACGACCGAACGAGUGCCUCUAGAUAUACGAGUAUUAUGUACAUUACUUUAGCGUUUUAUACAAAAUCAGUGGGACGUUAAUUGUAACUGACAUAUUGCUUUCAAUACACCUUUUUUAUAAGAGUUUUCAUUUGGUCAACAUAGUCUCGUGUAACCAUGUUUGGCUUAUUUCUUAUGUUUUUUUUUAUGUUGACAGGUGUCAAACAAGCGUAUGGUAAGCGGUUACCGUAGCUUAUAAACCCUUGCGAUACC